AUUACUUUUGCACACUGUGUCUGGAUUUAUUGAAAGUUGCCAUCAUGCUUGGUGAAGGUUUUCUCCACGUCCUGAACUAUACAGAAGGACACACACCUCUCAGCACGCAGAAAACGCAGUCACACACCGAAUUUAACGUUACUCCUCACCGGACCGUCAGAUCACCCCAGACCCCUCGGGCGCAACAGGUUAAGCAUUUUGAAGGCCUGGAGAAGCCUAGACCUCGCCUAACUUCAGUCCCCAGCGUGGCUCUUGCCAUUCCAAGCUGCAGUGCAGAAGAUCACUGGAGCGUGGAUCUUUACGAGUCCGGUUACUUUCCCAGCCUUUACCAGGCCUACCCAGACCUACAGCUUGCGGGUGGCACCCUGGCUCCCCGUUUUUCCCUCAAUCCGAAUCACUUCACCCCUCAAGAUGGUCCUUUGCUUAUCUCGCAAGAUCUGGGCUCCCUGGAGGCUUUGGAAGAGCCCGAGGAGCAGGCGAACGUCCCCAACGAGGCGGACGAGGGCUACCUGGUCAUAGAGAGCGUGAAGAGUCCCGGCAGGGAGCCGAGACUCACCAACUCCAUGCUGAACGGCUUCCUGGAGACGCAGCUGAUGGAGGUCUAUCGGCAGCACAUGCAGGACAACCUGGCGCGCUGCUCCCUGUCCUCGAUAACCGCUAACGUCGUGCCGCACAUCUGCGCCAAGCUGAGUGCGUCGGACAGAAAUGCGGACUCCUGGGGAGAAGGGCUGAACUCCACCACAACACAGAGCAGCGUCAGGUAUCUGAGCACGUGUUCGGCUCCGACCACGUCAAACUUCAGCUCACCUGUGCUGCGCAUUUCAACUGCUCAGGAGCAGGAUUUAUGAAUGAGGAAAACUACCAUUAGCCUGGUUACAACAUUAGCUUUAAAUAAUUAAAAAAAAUAAUAAUAAUUGUGCCUUUAUGGGUAAGUUUGGGGGUAGCUGUAAUUGUGUCCUUCUAUGGGCCAAAUAAAGUUCCAGUUUUAGACAUUUGUUUUAAUACAAUAUGAAGGCACAGCGGUUUAUUAUGCUAGCCUAUCAUCGCUGAGAUCCAGCUUUGAAUUUGCUGUGUCUGAGGGAGGGUGGCCAGAUAGAAACGCAGUCUCACACAUGUCAAAGAAUCUGUACGCUAGACUGGUCACCAAAACUGUGCAUGGAAAUAAAGAUGAUAAGAUUUGGUUACAAACAGGGGAAAAAUAUGUCAAUAAAGAAACAUAACUGUAGGCUAGUGGUGGGUCAGUGUUAUAGACUGUGAUGCAAGUGCCUUGUCUUGUGAAUUUCUAGAGCUGAGCCUGCUUAAUAAAGUGUACUGUGUUUAUUUUUAACCCUGGUUUGGUGCAGAAAUGAACCCUGUGUUGCAUUUUGAUGUGAUAUUUGUAUUUUUUGGAGGAAUUUGUGAGCACAGUUUCCACUAAUGUGUACAAGCGAUCGUCUGUAAUAAAGGUCUAGUGUUUUUGCUGCCUCCUUCUGGUCAUGGUGGGAACUGCACGCAAUAAUGUUAGUCAUAGGUCCAAUGUCACUCUCUCACACACACACACACACACACACACACACACACACACACACACACACACGGAGCCACAGGACAGGGUCAGGGUCAUGU